AUUACAAGAGCAAAAGAGUUUUCUCCAAACAAGAAAGAUGAGUUCAACUAGCAAAGCAUGGUUGGUGGCAGCAACCAUUGGAGCCGUGGAAGCCUCUAAGGAUCAGUUAGGUAUGUGCCGUUGGAACUAUGUGCUCCGGUUGGUCAAUCAACGUAUCAAGAACAACGUGAGGUCCGCUUCUCAGGCUAACAUACUUUCUUCUUUCACCACCUUCACUGCCUCCGGUAAAGAUGCCAAGGCUAAGCGAGCUGAAGAGUCUCUUAGGACAGUUAUGUACUUGAGCUGUUGGGGUCCUAAUUAAUAUAGGAUACUCUAAUA